AUGCCUACAAUUAUUGAUUUCAUUGCCGGUAAAUCGUUCUUCCCGUCCACAAUCCUCUCCGAGGCGCCCAUCCUGAGCACCGUAAAAUCCAAUGCUGUCCACCCCAUGCCAUUUAGGCGAGCCGUUUGGCGGGCUCAAAGUAAAUCAAAACAGCGAAGAAAGUUCCAUUACGAGAAUAGCUCAGGUACAGUACCGCGCAAUGAAAGAUUGGAAGAUGAAAGGAGUAUCUGCAAGUUGCUGUUGCUGCUGAGUUUUUUCGGCGUCGGAGGGAGAGUUUCCGCGGCCAUCAGAAGCAGGAAAAGGGAGAUACGGACCAGAGAGGCGGUUAUAUAUGCUCUACAGCCGGAGCAGUGUACGUGUAAUUGUCCACCAUCAGACGGCGACUGUGAAGAUUGCGAGGAGUGUCCAAGGCAACUGGGAGAGCCUUGCACUGCACAAAAGCCUUGUGAUCCCCAAAAGAGCCUUAGUCGGCAGGUAUUCCCUGCGUCGUUUACAACAAAACCUAUGAACAUGGCGAGACAUUUACUUUAG